AUGAAUUUUAGCGUAGAAGAAAAAACACUAUUGGGUAUUGGUAUUUUAGAUAUUUUUUUAAUACUGUUGUUCCUAUUACAUUUUAUAAUAAUAUAUAAUAUAUCAAAGAAGAAAUGCAAUAAUUUGGGUGAUGUAAAAUUAAAGAAUGCAGGUGAAGAAGAUCAAUAUGACGGGUUUAACAAGGAUAAGAAGGAUGGUAAAAAGAAGUACGAAUUUAUAGAAUUUAAAAAUAGAAGAAACCACAUGGCAAUAUUUAUCGAGAGUGUUGCUGCUUUGGUGAUAUUCGAACUUUUGGUAUUGGCUUUGGUAAUGUUUGAUAAACUACAUAUAGCCGCUGGUAUUAUUAUAAUGUAUGUUGUGGCUGCAGUUCAUUGGAUAUCUUUAGUUAUACCUUCAAAACCCCAAGCCAUUCUAAAUACAAUCGAAAUGCCAGCAGCAAAGAAAUGGUUAGAAAGGAAUAAAUUAAAGAUUCAUAACUUUAGAGAAAAUAUGGUUUACUGGUUUGGUUUAUUUGUUAUAUUGUGUGCAAUUUUAGCAUUGACUAUAGUAUUAGAAGGUACCUGCGAAGACCAACUAUCAUUUAUAGACUCUAGAAUUAUAAGAAAGUAUUUAACUCCAACUUGUGCAGCAACAGGUUUUCCAUGUUAUGUAUAUUUAACACUUAAUCAAUCACCACAUAAUUCAAUUAUUGCAAAUUUCCAUACAUCUUUAGAAAAAGGCGAUAAAGUACCAACACCAAUAUGUAAAUACGAUACCACCUCCAUUAGUGCCACCAAUGGUUCAAUUAGCAACUACCAAUUCUCUGCAAGCGGAAACUAUUAUGAAAUGCCAUUGGAGGUUAUAAGAUAUGUAAACUGGGUACAUUUAGAGAACUUACAACCAAACACAACCUAUUAUUUUAGAUGUGGCUCGGAUGAAAAUGGUUACUCUGAAGAACGUAAAUUCAAAACACAAACUGACGACCCAAAUCAAUCAUACAGCUUUGUUGUUAGUGGUGAUGUUGAUGUUACAGAGAACUCCGUAAUGGUUUCAAAAGUAGCAGCCUCUCAAUCUCCCGAUUUUGCAAUGGUUGGAGGUGAUCUUGCCUAUGACCAUGCCCAGUACACCUGCUAUAGAAUUGUAGAUAAAUGGUUAAAUCAUUGGCAAACAAAGAUGAUAACACCAGAUGGUUUUUAUAUACCAUUGGUAGCAUCGAUCGGUAAUCAUGAAGUAAUCGGUGAUUAUGGUGCAUCAAGAGAUAGAAUUCCAUUCUUUGUUCGUUAUUUCCCACAAGUCACUAAAAGUACAGAUCCUGGUAAAAACAAUGUCGAUGACCGUCCAACCUACAACACAAUUAACAUUGGUGGUCCAACUGGUACUGUAAUUUUUAAUUUAGACUCUGGUCAUGCUGCAACACUCGAAGAACAAUCAUCUUGGAUGGAUCAAAAACUAUCAAGUGAAUUCAACUCGACACAACUUCGUUUCUCACUUUAUCACGUACCAAUGUACCCAACUAUUAGAGAAUAUGAAAAUCCAAAAUCAAAAGCUCUUCGUGAAAGUUGGUUAUCUAUUUUCGAUAAAUAUCAUUUUAAUAUAGGUUUUGAAAAUCACGAUCAUGCCUAUAAACGUACACAUCCACUUUUUAACGACCAAGUCGUAAAUGACACAUCAAAAAAAUCGACUGUAUAUAUAGGUGAUGGUAGUUGGGGUACUGGUACUAGACCUCUACCAUAUUCAGGUUUAAAAUGGUAUCAAUCUUUUUCGAAAUCAGCUCAUUACAUUUCAAGUAUUACAAUUAAUACAAAUAAAAAAUUAAUAGAAUUCAAAUCGUUGGAUGAAAAUGGGGACAUAUUCGAUGAGGGGAACAUUCCUUAUUAA